UUUUCUACACGCACAAACCAUGAUUUGCAAAAACCAUUAUAACGAUGUGCGUCUCUUAGCCGUUUGACGUUUUUCAUUGGCUCUUCGUUUAUACUGACUAGUGACGCUUGAUUACAUUGUUCACUGCCCGCCAAUUUGCGCGUCUGUUCACUGUUUACUGUUGUAGGCACGCACCUCGGCUCAUUAUAGUGGCGUCUCUACUCUCUCUUAGUUGUUUCAUUUACUGUUCGGAUCAAGUUGAAAUUUGUCUUGAAUUAAAAGUGAAUGAAGUGCGUCCUAUAACCGUCUGUUACUAGUUCAUCGUAAAUAAUAAAUUUAGCUAACUGCAUUAACCGCUGAAGUUCGCCGCGUCUAGUCUCCGAGUGCCGACGUUUGCACUUUUUGGUUUCUCUGGUCCAUGAUUGUUUGAAGAACCAUUAAUCAUGAGUCAAAUGCACCUACAUAGUGAAAACUUCGAUUUGUGCAGAGUUUGCCUGUUGGAACCCGAGUCCGACCGAAGUAUGAGAUUCGUUCACAUUUUUACGGCUGUCAACGGAGAUUUUAUAUUGAAGAAACAAUUGGAAGAAUUAUUAGGAAUUAAAGUUGAAGCAAAUGAUGUAAAACCCAAAAUGGUUUGCGAUAACUGCUUUAAAUCAUUAUUUAGUUGGUAUGAGAUGAAAAAGAAAGCAGCGGAAUCCGAAAUUGUCAUCAAUUACAUCGCUUUAAAAAAAUUUGGUGCUACUAACCCUGGAACAUCUAUGGAAUUAAACUCGACACAGGAUUUGAGUGUUAACAAACAAACAGUUAUUUACAAGAAUUUAAAUGACCCUUGUAGUAGUGGUAGUAGUAGUAGUUUCUCUAAACAGGAUACUUCUAGUUGUUCAAUGACUACUAAUAAUUUAAAAUCGGAAUAUGAUGCUAAUGAAUCUGAUGAUGACUCUGUUCAAAUAAUAAAUUUUAACGAAAUUAUUGAUCUAGCUGGAGACAGUGAAGACAAUGAAGACAAUAAAAAUAAUGAAGACAGUGAAGACAGUGAAGACAGUGAAGACACUAGUGAAGACAGUGAAGACGGUGAUAACAAUGAAUACCCUGAACCUGAAGAUAUGCAAGAUUUUUUAAAUGAAUUAAAUGCAAAUGCAUCAGACGAUGAUGAAUCUGUUAAUAAUGAUGUUAAAAAUGAAUUCAUAUAUACAUCAAACAAUGAAGAAUCUGCUGAUAAUUCAUUUUGCUCGGAAGCAAGAGCUGUGCCUUCAACAUCUGGAUAUCGAUCUGUGUGCAAAAAUAAUGAAAAUGAAAAAUUAUACUACUGUUCCAUCUGUCAAAAGAAGAAUUAUCUCAAUCAUGAUUGUUCUCAAAACAAUAAAAAUUUUUUUACUUGCUUGGUACCUAAUUGUCACAUUUUAUCAAGAUCAAAAGAAGAUUUUAUACCACAUUAUCAAUUGCAUAUUGGUAUGCCUUCUUCAGCAGUUAUGUGCAACCGUUGUUAUCAAGAAAUAAAAAGUUCUGACCAUGUUGUCAAUGGUUAUCACAGACACUGUAGUACUGUUAAUACAUUUAAAUGUUAUUCAUGCAAUACAGUAUUCAGUUGCAUGGAAGAAUUCGCCUAUCAUAAAUUGAAAAAACAUAAUGGCCUACUGAUGGAUUCUAAUAACAAUUAUUUAUGCUUAUAUUGUGAAGAAUCUUCUCCUGAGCUUCCAGAUAUCCUUGAACAUAUUAAGCAAUGUCUUGAAAGUCAGGCACAAACUGGAACUACAAUUCGUAUGAAACUAAAAAUACCUACUAAAGCUAAAACAGAAUUAAUACCAGUUGCAAGAAAAACUUUGAACAAAAAGAAGGUUCAACGUAAAAAAAAAAAUAAAACAAACAAUAAACGUACAUCAGGAAUGACACUUUUUAGUUGUUUAAAACCUUCUUGUGAUUUUGUCUUCCAAACCUUUACAAUAUUUAAACAUCACUAUCGUGAACAUUUUGGACUUGGAAAUAAAUUGAUAUGUUGGCAAUGUUGUAAUGCCUUUAAUGAUUUUAAUGGUCUUAGAGCUCAUCAAGUAAGAGAUGUCUGUUGUAAAUCUGGCAUGUUCGAAUGCCCUAAAUGCCCUGAAAAAUUUGAUGAUAUUCAAUCUUUAAGUAUACAUAAGUAUAUAUGUCAUGAUUGCACUUUAAUAGCCGCUAAAAAAAGUAAUAAAACUAUUUCGUGUGAGUAUUGUAAAUUGGAAAUGCAUAUUUUCAAUUUUAAAUCUCAUAUGACCGCAUGUAAAGAGAAGAAUAACAUCAAAAAUACUGAUCCUCUGAAAAAGCAUAAAGGCUGCUAUCAAUGUAAGUUUUGUGUAAAAGUGUUUCAUUCAAGAGUAUCUGUGUCAAAUCAUAUGAGAAGUCAUAAAUCAUCAUUAAAUAAAACAACUUAAAUUUGUCCAACAUUCAAGAAACGGAUUGUCAGUAAUAGAACAUUACUUAAUAUAGACUAUACUAUUAAACUAGGAUUAAAUUAUUAGUUCUAUUUUAUGUUUUGUUUUAUAUUUAUAUACAUUGCUCUCAUUUUUUCCUUUACAAUGUAUAUUUGAAUAUUUUUUUAAUUAGAUAUAACAUUUAUUUUAAUUAUGGAAAAUAAUUUGUUCCAUAAAAUUUUGAAGUUUUUGAUUAGUUUAAUAGGCAGACUAACAACUAAAUUGACACAAGAACAAAAUAAAUAUAUCAAAAAAACUGCUUAUAUUAGAAAGUAUAAAGGCACUUAUAAAUGUAAGUUAUGUAAUAAAGUGUUUCAUUCAAUAAUAUCCUUAUCAAACCAUAAAAGGUGUCACAAACAACCGUCUCAACAAAUACAAUAUUGAAAAAAGAAUAUGUAAAUUGUCUUUAAAUGAAAAACAUAUUGGAUUCGUCCAAAAUUCAAGAAACAAGUUAUCAGUAACAGGAUACAACUUUAUUUAGACUACUAUUAAACUAGAAUUAAAUUAUUAGUUUUAUUUUAUAUUUUUUUGUAUGUUUUUAUACAUUACUCUCAUUUUUUUCUUUAGAAUGUAUUUUUGACUAUUUUUUUAAUUAGAUAUAACAUUUAUUUUAAUCAUGGAAAAUAAUUUGUUCCAUAUAAUUUUGAAGUUUUUGAUUAGUUUAAUAGGCAGGCUAGCAACUAAAUUGACAUGAGAACAAAAGAAGAAUAUCAAAAAAAUACUUAUAUUAGAAAGUAUAAAGGCACUUAUAAAUGUAAGUUUUGUAAUAAAGUGUUUCAUUCAAUAAUAUCCUUAUCAAACUAUAAGAGGUAUCACAAACCACCGUCUCAACAAAUACAACAUUGAAAAAAAGAAUAAUUUAAUUGUCUUUAAAUGAAAAACAUAUAUAUUGGAUUCGACCAACAUUCAAGAAACAAGUUAUCAGUUGCAGGAUACAACAUUAUAUAGACUACUAUUAAACUAGGAUUAAAUUAUUAGUUUUA